AUGGCGUCCGACGGUAUGAGCCUCCAAGACAAUAUUCAGAUGCUCGAAGAGGUCCUUCCAGCCAUUGAUCCCGCUGAUCGGCCGGUAUACGAGAACAUGCUCCAGACGCUAUACCAGCAGCGGUCGGCUGAGCAGCACCAAAGCGAGCGCGAUGCCCUGGUCACUGCCAUCACAGAGAAUGGCUUCCAGCCCAACAACGCCAUGACCGCAUAUGGCCAGGUCUUUUCAAACGAGAAUGGUGACUGGACACAUGCCAACGGAAACAACCACACAAGCUACCAUAGCGGCCCGUCAUACACCAACGGGUCGUCGUAUGGUAUGCAAGUACCGCCCUCGCCGCCUCUGCCUGAACCACAACAUAGCCGCAAGCGCAGCCUUGGGAUAACCGACUACCCCGAAGCCAAGCGUGUCAGCGGGCAGCCUAGUCCGGUAACUCCAACUUCGCCCGUUGGUCCAUGGUCACAAUCGCUUCCUAGUCGCGAGGCCGCUCGGGUUCGUCACUCUGACCCUAUGGACUUUGUCGACCUGACUGAAUCGAAUCCACCUUCGCCGCCUGGCAAUUACGAGCUUCCUAUCCAUGUACACGCGCAGCCAGAUCCCGCCCCACACUAUAUGGACCCAUUCCCGGAGCUCAACAACUAUCAGGGAGGAAGUGACAAUGGCACCAUGCUACCAGCAGAUGCGUUCAACCAAGAGUUCAUGGCUCCGGAAGAGCUUGCUGAGUUUCUGAUCGCACCCAGUGCACCAGGUAGUCAUUUCGCUGUGCCGCAGACUUUCCCUUAUCAGCCUCGUGCUGAAGCAGAUUAUCCCGAACACAUGCGGGGGUGGAGCAGUGACGGAGAGGAGUAUGGCCGCUUCCCGCUCAAUGUCAAUGAGGCGGAAGACAUUGAGAAGCUCUUGCAGAGCAUCAGUGCUGGUGUUGACGAAGAGGACAAAGAAAAGCGAGCGCCCACACCCAAGACCAUGACUUGUACUUUGAAAGAAUAUCAGCGCAUAGGUCUCACGUGGCUGCUCGACAAGGAGCGCGGCGCGACCAAGGGCAGUAUUCUUGCAGACGAUAUGGGUCUGGGCAAGACCAUCCAGGCUCUCGCUCUCAUUUGCGCGAAUCCGCCCACAGAUCCGGCAUGCAAGACAACGCUCAUCAUCGCGCCUGUCGCCCUUAUGCGGCAAUGGGAGAAGGAGAUCGAGCGUCAUAUCCAUCCUCGCCACAAGCUCAAGGUUCACCUCUAUCAUGGCAGUGGUAAGAACGUUGAUUUCGCUCGUCUUCGCCAGUGUGACGUCGUCCUCACCACCUUUGGUUCCCUGACUUCAGAAUACAAGCAAAAGGAGUCUUCCAAAGAGGCGAUGGCCAACGACGCAGAACUCCGCAAUCCUAGCAUGCGCCGCAAGGCCAAGGAUAGGCUCGCACUGCUAGGACAAGAGUGCAUGUGGUAUCGUAUCAUCAUCGACGAGGCCCACAAUAUCAAGAACCGGAACUCCAAGGCGUCCAAGGCGUGCGCUGACCUCAUGGCUAAACACCGCUUGUGCAUGACUGGUACGCCCAUGAUGAACAGCGUUGACGAGCUUUUCCCUCUUCUCCGGUUCUUGAAGAUGUCGCCGUAUACUACAUGGACCAAGUAUAGCAUGGACAUUGCAAAGGCAAGUACAGAUGACUCUGACUAUUGGGGUUACAAGAGCACUCAGCCACGCGCGCGGACCGGUGCACAGAACCGUCUUCACAUCGUAAUUAAGGGUAUCAUGCUCCGGCGUCGGAAAGACGCUGUCGUUGAUGGGCAGCCUGUUUCCAAGAUCCCUCCCAAGCACUCUGCCAUCGAUAGUGUGGAGUUCGAAGACGAAGAACAUGAGCUCUACAAGGCUCUAGAAACCAAGUCGCAGCUUCAGAUGAAUAAGUUCCUUGAUAAGGGUACUGUCACAAGCAACUACGCCAACGUCUUGGUUCUCCUGCUUCGCCUCCGCCAAGCAUGCUGUCAUCCGCAUCUUAUCAAAGACCUCAGUCAACCAGCAACCGAGGCUAUCGAUGAACACGAUCUCUUGAGCCGCGCCAGGGAACUGAGUGAUGAGGUCGUCGCGCGACUGAAGGCUAAUGAGUCUUUCGAUUGCCCGAUUUGCCUUGAUCUCGAUCCGAAUCCGACGAUCCUCAUCCCGUGUGGACAUACGGUGUGCGGUGAAUGUGUCCAGAAGAUCAUGGAUCCGGCCAUGCGAACCGCUCAAGAUGGCAAUGAUGAAGCUGCACCGGCCUUGUGCCCACACUGCCGUGGUGAUAUCAGCGCCAAACUGAUCACAGAUUACAAGCACUUCUGCAAGGUCCACUGCCCAGAGCGGCUUGGGUCAGCUGACUUGUCAGAACAAGAGGAGGGCGAUGCUGAAGAAGAUGACUCUGAUUCUGACAUCUCCGAAGACGAGGAGGAUGCAGUGGAUGUCGACAGGAAGGGCAACCUUGCUGGCUUCGUCGUUGACGAUGAUGAGGAAGACGAAUACGUUGCCGAUGAGGCGGAAGAUGACGACGACGACCUAGGCUCCGCAUCUGUGUCCAAGUCUAAGAAGAAGUCAAAGUCAAAGGCAAAGGCAAAGAAGUCUGGCAAGGGCAACAAGGGCAAGGGCAAGGAACGCGCCAAACCCAAGCUUACUCUUGCUCAGCUCAAGAAAGAGUCUCUCCGCAACAAGAGCGCCAAGAAGCGCUACCUGCGUCGCCUGGACAAGACCUUCAUUCCGUCUGCGAAGAUCAGCAGGACUGUUGAACUGCUCAAAGAGAUCAAGGAGAAUGAUCCGACUGAGAAGACGCUCGUUUUCUCCCAGUUCACUUCCUUGCUCGAUCUCGUCGAAGUACCUCUACACCGAGAAAGACUGGCCUACCAGCGCUACGACGGCAGCAUGAAGAUGGACGAGCGCGCCGACGCCGUAAACGCCUUCAUGGACGACCCAAACGAAAACAUUAUGCUCGUCUCUCUCAAAGCCGGUAACGCGGGUCUCAACCUCUGGAAAGCAUCUCAGGUCAUUAUCCUCGACCCUUUCUGGAACCCCUUCAUCGAAGAACAGGCCAUCGACCGCGCCCAUCGUAUGCCCCAGGAGCGUGAAGUAUAUGUGCACCGCAUCAUUGUACCGGAGACCGUGGAAGAUCGUAUCAUUGCUAUCCAGGAUAGGAAGCGUGAGCAGAUUGAUGCGGCGCUGGAUGAGAAUGCGUCGAAGAGCCUUACCAAGCUCAGCGUAUCAGAGCUGAAGUUCUUGUUUGGUAUGGGUGGUGGCUAG